UAUUAAUUUGUGCGGCUCCUGAGGCUAGUUUAUUUCAGUGUUAAAAUGUAGCGGAUGUGAAAUUUUUCUCACAAUUAUAAAUAUGUAAACAAUGGCAAGUUAUGUUAAAGAAGCAUUAAAAAUAUGUGUAGCACAAAUCUGUCAAAACAUAGGUUGGCAUGCUGUUCAAGCUUCACCAAUGGAUAUUCUUGUUGAUGUCUUACAAAGAUAUUUGUUAGAAAUCUCGAAAUCUGUUCAUCAGUACAGUGUUCAGUAUAACAGAACAGAACCCAAUCUUGAUGAUCUGGGGUUAACAUUUAAAGACUUUGGAAUUCCUCUUCACCAGAUUGAAGAAUACAUUAGCAAUGUUGAAGCUGUGCCAUUUCCUCAUAAGGUUCCUUCAUUUCCCAUAAAACAUCCUCCAAAUUUGCAGCAUCCAAAGCCAGAAAGUCGUGAGCUUCUGGUGAGGCCGGAGCAUAUUCCGGACUACUUACCCCUUAUGCACCCAGAUCUUGAAGAAGAAGAUGCUGUAUUUGCCCAACAGUCUGUAGUUGAUGGUGCAAAGAAAAAUAUUCUGGAUACUAAUGCAGGGGGAGAUUCUCCUUCACCUUUUAACAGUCCUCGUCAUUGUUCAAAACGUUCAGGGGAUUGGCCUCCUGAUGCUACAAAUAAGAAGUCAAGGUAUUACAGUGAAGAAGAGGGUAGACCUAUGAGGGAGGUAACUAGUGUAUUCAUGACACCUUCUGGUUUUAUUUCACCAGUUCAUGAAGGGAAAUCAGCUGAUUCAUCUUUACCAUGUUUAGUUGACUCUCCACCACCUACACCUGAACUUCCAUCACAUUCUUCCUCAUCAAAGAAAGAUGUCAAAUUCAAAGACAUUCGGAAAGAGAAGUCUUCAAAACCUAAGAAAGAGAAGGAUAUAAAUAAAAAAGACCUUAAAAAGUUAAAAGCCUCGAAGAAGGAAAAAGAAAAUAAAGAAAAUGCUGUUGGCAAACACGAUAAGGCUCUGACUUCAUCAUCGAGUUCUAAAAAAGAACACACAAGUAGUUCACACAAAUCUGGGAAAUCAGAUAAAAGUAUAAAGUCUGAAGACUCAGUUCGGCAGAAAAGCAAAAGUGAUAAAGUUAAGUUAAAAUCCCGUAAGGAUGAAAUGCACAAAAUGAAGGAUAGUUUUAAACUAAGUAAAAUAAAGGCUAAACUAAAACAUUCUGGGGCUUCUUCUUCAUCCACUAUGAAGUCAUCGAAAUUAGCGAGCUCGAAAAAAUUUAAGUCAGCCAGAGUACCCAAAGCUGUAAAGAACCUUAAAAAAGAAAAUGCCAAACUUAUUGUUUCUCAACCAGCGCCUUCUCUUCCUACAACUGUAAUUCCUAACGAACUUCCGGUUGAACUUAAGCCUUCUAUCACUGAACUUAAAGUUGAAAAAGAAGUGAAAACAGAAUUUAUUGAAACUGAAGAACUUUCGUUUAGGGAAGAAUCUCCUGAACCAAGGUUAGUGAUUGAUGAUUCUAUUGAAACACAAGCGAGACAAGAAAGAGAGUCUCGCUUGGAAGUUAUUGAUGAAUGCAUCGAAUCUGUUAUACGGCAGUCAGAAGUUGAAGUUGAGAAAACGCACAAGGCUAUGGAUGAAACUAUUAAUGCUGUAGUUCGUGGUCCAGCUGUAAAAAAGCUGGAACCCAAAGAUAUUUAUGAUUUUACGGACACAUCUGAUAGCUCUUCAUUAUCCUCUUGUGACUUAAUACCACAUUCUCCUAUCCAUGUGCCAGUAAAAAAAGAGAAAAAGAAUGCUGAGUCUAAAAAGUCUUCAGGUAGCCCUAAAAGGACAAAAGGUAAAGACAAACAGAAAAAGAAAGGGGGCCGUGAUUCUAAAGCUAAAUCUCCUACUCCUUAUGCAUCACCCAAAAAUCAAAAAUCUUCUUUCAUGUUAAAAGUUGAUGACAGAACUCCAUCUCCAAUACCAUUGAAAGAUGAUUUGCUGAGUAGUGAAGGUUCAACGCCAAGUCCAUCACCUCAGCAUAACACAUUUUUUGAUCAUACGCCGCAAGUUCAAAGUCAUAUCCAUCCUCCUCCUUUACUUUCACAAAUACCAUCAAUGAUUUCACCAUUUAUGCCAAUGCCAGUGUCUGGCUCUGGUUAUCCCCAGAGUCCAUUUUCAUCAAUGCGUCCUUUACCUUGUCACAUGCAAACAAAUCCUCAUUUUCCAACUCCACCAUUAUUUGUUACUCCAUCUAAGUCUGAAAAUAGUCCUACAUUUCAGAAUAUUCAACCCUUGAACUUGGCUAAACCUGGUCCUUCUUCCAAAGGCUCCCCAGAAAAAACAUUUGAAUCAGGUUUAAUAUCUCAGUCAUCCUUGAAGCCAGAAAGCUCAGACAUAAUAAAGAAGGCAGCAAAUAUUCUUGAUAAGAUGAAAACAAAAGAUCACAAAAAAGAAAAAAUGAAGAAGAGAGGGCGAAAAGAAGUGGAUAAGACUAAAGAUAAGAAGGAAGAAGUUAAAGAAAAAGAAAAAACUAAACCCAAAGAAAAGCCAAAGGCAAAGGAAAAGGCAGAGAAAAGUGUAAAAGUUGACAAAAGAAAAUCAAAACCAGAGAAAAAGAAAAUCAAGGACAAAGAGGAAAAGGUGAAAGAGGAUAGCACUGUGCCAAAAAUGACAUUAAAAGUUUCAGGUGGUACAGGUUCAAUGACAUUAAAACUUUCAGGUGGUUCAGGUUCUGCAAAAAUCUUUGUUAAACCUAAUUCAAAAACUUCCACACCAUUAUCUAGCAGCUCCUCACCAUCAAAUGUUAUGGAGGAUGAGAAUGUUCCAUCGCCAUCGCCAGUGGCUCAUGUUCCAACUCCUUCGCCACCACGUGUCCCAACACCUCCGCCACCACCUCGGUUACCAACUCCGCCACCUCCUGUACCUUCACCUCCACCUGUUAAAGAAAUUAAAGAGCCAAGUCCUCCACCAGUUCCACCACCACCUGUCACCACCAAAACUACACAUUCCAGGGGCCGCGGCCGAGGGAAGAAAGCUGCAGUACAAGCUGCUGUUCCACCUGCACGAACAGUUAUCACUGAAACACUUGGAACUAUAGUUGAUGAAAGUGGUAAUAAGAUUUGGAUUUGUCCUGCCUGCUCUGGUGCUGAUGAUGGAAGUCCUAUGAUUGGUUGUGAUGAAUGUGAUGAUUGGUAUCACUGGGUAUGUGUUGGAAUUGUGGUUCCUCCUAAGGAAGAAGAGAACUGGUUUUGUGUCCGUUGCAUUGCCAAACGUCAAGGGCCUAAUGCCAAGCGCCGCAAAAAGAAAUACAAGAAAGAAAAAUGAAAUUAUGUGAAUUUAUUUCAUGUGUUUCAGCUAUCGUAUAAAAGUCAAAUGACAGACUUUUAGAAAUGAGAUAUUCAUCUUCAUCGUUUGCCAUCUACUGAUUUUGUUUACUAGUGUAAAAUUAAUUUAUACUAUCAAUUGGCGCUUUAGAAUAGUAGGUGGUAAGCCCAUUCUUUGACCAUAAGUUGAAAGGAAUACUUGAAGCUUGCUUCAAAAUGUAAACAGUGGGUAUUGGAUAUUUACAAGAUGCAGAAAAGUGGGACCAGAAACAAAGCUGUUUAGAAUAGCAAUAAGGAAGAUGACUUUCAAAAAAUAUAUAGAAGGCUUUUUUCCAUCUCAACCUGAAACAUAUUUUGGAGGAGUUGUAUUUGUACCCUAAAAUGUCAUGAUUCUGUAAACAUAAUAAUUGGCAUCUUUUCAGAUACCACGUUUUUUUUAAUAAAUAUGCAUCUUUUUAAGGGAUCUUAAGUUAAAAAUGAGUAUAAUACUUUUCUAUAUAACAAAAAAUGAAUACAUGCCUGCAUUUGUUCAACUUAUACAUUCUUGUUUACUUUUUAAAACAAUUUCAUCUUGCAAAUGGGUCUAAGACAAUCAGCAUUUACAGAUAUAUUUAAAAUUAUCACAUAUGACACUGACAUGAUUCAUUUGUAAAUAAGAUAGGUAUAAAUUUGCUAUAAUUAAAAUCAAUAAAAGGUAAACUUCCUGGUUUGUAGCAAAAUGUUUUGCUUGCUGAAAUCAAAAUCAAAGAAAGAAGAAAUAUUACCUUAUGUAGAUGAAAACAUCCGAUUAGUUACCAUUCUCUUAAAGGAAGAAAAAAAUAGGAAAUACCAUUAUUUCAUCUUUUUUCCAUAUUUAGACAUUUUUGGGGAUUAAAAUAUGUAUAGCACAAAAAGGAUACAUUAAAAAUUCUGUAAAUUAAUCAAUUUUAACAAAGUGCUUAUUUUAAUUCAUUUAUUUUUAAUACAAAUAAUUACUUUGGUAAUGAAAAUUUAUGUGUUUUAAAAUUCUAACUUCAUUAUUCCAAAAAUACUUAGUGAAAUUUUCAGAACAAUUUAAUUUUAUAAUGCAGUAAAAUUCGGCUGUGCAUCGUAAGUUUAUUAUCAUGCACUAGAGGUCAUGUCACUAAUGAGUUCUUAAUUGAUAUUUGAAAGGUAUAAUAAAACUUUUUAGCAUCUAAAUUUGCUUUUCAUGUUAUUCUCUUCUUAGUAGAGAUGCUAUUUGCAGUGUAUAGAAAUAGAAAUUGUGUGAUUGUAAUGUAUAGUAAUGCAAAAUAAAGGCGAAAUGUAGUUAAUUAAUUCUGUAUGAAUUUUAAUUAAGAUGUACUAUAGUAGUCGAUCAUUUAUAAAAAAUAAAUAAAUAAAUGUUUUUCCUCAUUAAGUGUGAUUUUUUCCCCUUAUUACCAAAUUCUUACUGUGAGAUAAUGUUAGCAUUUUAAAGAAUUGUCAUAAAAAUCUUUUUAUUUUUGUUCUGUUUUGAAUGCAGUAUAGCUUUUUAACCUUCUGAGCAGCAUAACUGGAUAUACCUCAUCAUGAGAUUUUUGUCACUUGGCAGAAAUAAGCUUAUAAUUUAAGAUAUUUUAUGCAGGUCUGAAAUGUAUGAAAAUUCUAAUAGCUAUUUUAGUAAAUUUUUUUUCUUGGUUGUUAUAAUGAAAUUAUAUUAUACGUAAAUCACACUGCCGAUUAAUAUGUGUAAAACAUAAUUAUUCUUUUAACUGCAAUAUUUAUAAAUUAUUUAUUAAUCUAAAUUUGGGGAAGUUUUAAACUUCUUUAAUUGUUAUCAUGUGUUUAUUUUUAAUAUUGGUGGCAUUAGAGUUAAAAAAAACAUUAAAAUCAAUUUUGAAAUGCGAAGCAAAUGAUAAAAUAAUCAAGUGAAAAAGUGAGAUGUGAAAACCCAGAAAAGCAAAAUUUAAAAUAAUCUGUCCGAGUGCAUUGCUAAAUUAUACUUUUAUUUUCUAUUUUAUAUACAUCUGUGUUUUAUUUGUAGAUAAAUUGCUUUCAUAACAGCUCAAAAUUUGUAGUUAUUCUUGAAUUACUGCUUUAUUUCUUUGUCUGUCUUCAUGUUGUUUACAUGUAUGAUAGGGUUGGCCAAACUUAUGUCAAUGGGAGCCACAUGUUAGAAUUCAGAAAUAUUCAAGAGCGUGUGCUUAAUUUUCCAAGAAUCACAAUUAUGUAUUUAUGCUGUUUUAAAAUUAGCGAAGUUGUAUUUGAAUUGAAAAAAAUAUUUAAGGAAUUUGGCAAAUAUUUUGCAUUUUUAAUCAGUGUGUUUAUGUAUUAAGAUUAAAAAAUUCUUGUUCCUCUCACUGUGUAUUCAGAAAAAUAUGUUCCUGCAAUAUACAAUGUCCCACUAAUGGCCAAGUGGUAUCACCAAAUACAUGAUAGUUUCCUGGGUCAAAAUCCUGGCAAAUGGGCUGACUACACAGCCAUUUUCAGGUGUAUAAUAUUAAUGCAAACCAGUCUUUUUUGGGGGGGAGGUUAAGACCUUCAUCGAAGCAUCCCUUAGGUAGACAACCUUUGUAUACUCUUGCCAUUGACCAAUCCAUUCAUGAUAUACAGAUUUUAAAUUUUUAUAAAAAGUGCUGAUUAGUCCUUUUUCAGGUAGAACAUUUUCUUCUAGUUUUUAAAAAUAUUUCUCUCUGGUGAUAAUUAACAACUGAUUAUAAUAUGAGUACUUAGAAACUGAAAAGAAAGAAGUAUUUGUUUUAUGUUAUAAAAACCUUUUCAUUUGAGUGAAGAAUAUUUCAGUACAGUUAGCCAGGCCUCAUAUAAAAGAGGUAAAUUUUUUAAUUGCUUAAUGAUGGGAAAAAAAUCGUAUGACAUACCAUCAGAAUAAGACAAAAUUUCUGUGGGAAAAUACAAAAAAGAGAAGAAAGUACGUGGGAUAAUAGGAUGACAAUGGUAGCAGUAUUUUAGAAUUGUUUUUAUCAACAACAGUACAUAAUUUAAUUAAUUCUAGGUAAUAUGUAAACAUUGUUAAAUGUUCUGUUAAAUAUAAAUUGCAAAUAAAAAAAAAAAAAAAUUAAAAUGUACGACUAAUAAAUUUGUGUUUCCCAUUGACUCCUAUCAAAAUAAAGGCGGUUUAAAUAAAAACAUUGUUCUUUCUGUUUUGAACUGUAUUCUACUUUUGAAUGCUGAUUUAGUUCACAUAAUCAAAUCUAAUCUCCUCUUUAAAUUGCUUAAAAAUGCAGGUAAAUGGUUAAUAAUAUUUUCAUGUUAAGUAUAAUGUGGUUUAUUUGUGAAUUGUUGUCGGCUGUUCCCAGCAUACUGUUGUAUAGCCUUUGUUCCCAGCAUUACCCUGGUUAAUAAAAUAGAAUUAGAAUCCCCCCUAUUAAUUGAUAUACUCUGUUUUGGAAAGAACAAAAUAAAUGAGACAGAAUAGCAUAUAAUGUAUAGAUCAGAGAUGGAGAAUUUAUUUAUUUUAAAAUAAAUUACCAAUUACCAAACAGGGUUUUUACAUAAUAAUAGUUCAGUUUUUCUCUCUUAUAUAAUGUGAGAAUCAACAUCUGGAGGUCUAACCUAUGCGUAAAUCCUUGAAUCAAUUUGUUUGGUGAGAAUUUGAUCAUCAUUUAUGUUUACUUUUUUCCCAGUGCAAGUUACAUAUUACAUUUUAGUGUAAGCUAACAAAGUAUGCUACCUUUCAGUGAAAUUUCCUACAUUUAGAUGCAUCAUCACUGUAGCAUAUUGAUGGUAUAUUUAUCAUUUUUAAUGCCCCAGUAACCAUUACCUGUUCCAAAAUUUCCCUCAUUAUAGUAGAAAGACUCAGAAAUGAAAUUAUUUUUGUGCUGUUUCUUAAAGCCUUAUUGAAAGAUGUAAGAUACAACAGGAUAUCAGGUAAAAAAUAUUCCCCCCCCCCAUAUUUGAAUAUUUUUAAUUCUCAAACUCUCACUUACAAGAGUUCAUUCAAAUCUCUGUUUUCUGCGGAAUAAUUAAUUAUUGGUUUUAUAAUAAACUGUAAUGGUAGAUAUAAGUUAUUAUAAAAUUUUAUAAAUUAUAUUCAGAGCAAUUGCUAUUAGUUUUACUAAAAUAUUUCCCCUUAUAUUAUAAUAAAAGUAUUAAGACCAUUCUAAUUCGCAUAAAAAAUUUCAUUAAUAAUAUGGCAUAAAUUGAAGUAUGGAAGCUAUGUGAGAGAUGUUAUUAAAGCAAAUCAUAAUGAAAUCUUGUGGAGUAGAAAUACAUAAUGUUUUGCAUUGUGAUGAUGUUUGAUAUGUUAGAUUACCUUUCAAAAUGAAUCAUUAAAUAAAAAUGAGCAUAUUUAGUUCAAAUUCUAUUUAACAUUUUCUGCAUAAUAUGUGAAUUUAAAUUGCCAUUUACUGUGAUUUUUAAGAUUGAAUGAUUAAUACCCAAAUAACUUUUUAUUCAGUCACUUUUACUGCAUAUCAUUAAAAAUGUGACUCAUUGUAAUAAAAGACCUCUGAAUAUAUUUCCUCUCCCAUAUGUAGAAUUUCAUCUCUCUAAGAUGAUUUCAAAGUUAUAAAAUUGAUUGGCUUUUAUAUGGUUGCGUGUUAAAUAUGGAAUAUAGUGAAUCUUUUUGAAGUGAUUCUCACAAUUCCAGUUUAUAUAUAUAUAUUGGGGAUGGCCGUUUUAAAGAAGUGGUGUUCAUAUUCAGUGUUGUUAUUAAUUUGUGUUCUUGGAAAUAUUGGCUGCUUUCAGGGGUAUGUGUCUUAGGGAGAUGGCCACCACAAGAAUUUCCUGUGCAGUGUGAAGCCUAUCUGUAUACUUCUGAAUUAUAUUCUGUUGAUUUCUUUCUAUUCUGUGCUUAAGGAAAUAUGCAUUUGUAAGACCUUGAAAUGAUUGUGUAUAAUUUGGAAGUUUGCUACUGUGUUUGACAGAUUAUGAAUAAUUAGUAUUUUAAAUGAGAAAUAUGUGGAAUUUGUUGCUUUUGCAUUUAAGGUAUGCAUAUUUUUGCCAACUUUGAAAUAUGAAAACAAAAGGCUGUUAUGUGGUAUUAUAACUUCAAAUUUACAACUUCAAAUUUAAGGACUUCAAAUUUACAACUUUGUAUUAAGAUCUCUUUAUAAUAUAUUACUCAGAAUAAAAGGCUUUUAAAACAUGGCUGUGAGGCAAAAAAUUUUAACUUACUAUUUUAUUCAUUGUUCUAAUUGUAUAAUUUUUGCUUAACUUUAUAUCAUUUUGUACUUUACUUGAAAUGUUCAAUUAAUGUGAAUUUAAUUCUGUGAAUAAAUGUACUAAUAUACUAUAUAAAGAUUUAAAGCAAAAAGAAAAUAUUAAUACUUAUUCAUCAAAUAUUAGUUAAAUUUUUAUAAAAGGUUGUUCUCUAAAAUGGGUUAAAACAUCAGAUUAAAUAGAAAAUAUUCUUUAAAUAACAUUUUCUUUAAAAAAAGGGGGAAACUUGUUCAGCUUUAAGCUGCAAUGAGAGAUAUAGCAAGAUCAUGCACGGCCUUUGUUUUGUGUGUGAACUUGUCAUCAAAGUUUUCUUUGUAGCAUUUCUUUUGAUAUUUAAUGAUAAAAUAUUUCUUUUAAAACUACAUUUGAAAAAGUUGAUUUGAAUUCACAUAAAUUAAAAACCUGAAAGUUUCGGAUUUUAUCAGGAGCCUGAUAAAGGAUAUGAAAAAUUUGGUGUUUCCAUAUUUUACCCUAAAGGUUGGAAGCUGUAAAGUUUUAUUUUCAUAUAUAAUGUUCUAAAAAGUGCAUAAUUAUUUCUAAAGAUGCACUAAAAUUGUUUGAUUAUGUUUUUGUCUCUGUUUUAAAGGCUUAGUUAAUAAUAAUGUAAGGUUUCAAUAGCUUAAUUAUUUCAUUCAGAUGAAUAUAUGAAUAUCAGAAAGAGGUAUUUACAAUAUACACUGAUUGCCUUAGGUUGAAAAACCUAAUUUUCCGCUUUACAUAUAUAUGCAAAAUAUUACUCAGAUGUACAUAUUUAACAUGAAAUAUUUUUCUUGUAUUUCAAUAGUUCAGUGAAUUUUUAUUCUUAAUAAUGUUAUUUUCCCUGCAAUACAAUGGAAUGAAUAAGUUUCAAUAAGUGUAUUUGAUGUAUAUGUGCUCCAUAAAAUAUAUUUUACAUAAUUUUGAGCUCUUUUGAUUAAGGGAAUAUUUUUGAUAUUCUUUGUGAAAAAUAUAAACAGUUUAUUGAUAAUAUUGGACUUAUUAUUGAUAUUCUGUAAAUUGUACAUUUGGGACACUUGGCUUUUACAGCCAAGGUCAGUGUUCAAAAUAUAAUCAGCAUCGUCACUGAACAGGAUGCAAAAGAUUGUAUUUUUAAUGUAUUUCUUAGGAAUUUACUGUUGAAGUAUAAUUUUUUAUUUUGUUGAAACACUGUAUAGAUAAAUAUCUAAUUUCUUACAAUAAGCAGUUCUUUGUAUCAGUAUAUUUAAUAUUUAUAUUUUUUGUGUAAAAAAAUAAAAGUGUUUAUAAUUAAGCCAUAAUAUGCAAUUAAUAGUAGUUUUUUAUUUUUUUAUGUCCGUUCUGCACUCAGAUGUUCCUUAAGUCAUAUGUUUUUUAAAGCAUUAUGAAGCUGCAGUCAAUGUGUAAUUAAUAAAGAAUAUUUGUGGGGAUGUUAGAUAAUGAAAGCAAAAGUUAUAGUAGAGAUUAACGCAAAGUUUUUUAAGAAAGGUAGAAAAAAUUGAUGCUGCUGUGUGAUAUAGCAGAAAUGUUCCUCAGAUUUUGAAGUUGGUAAAGGUACUUACUUUCCUGUAGAAAUGUGUAAUCUUGUUAUUUUUCAAAAAGGUUCUUAUUAUUGCUUGUUUCAUAACAUUAGUGGACUUUAUAGAUGGUGUUUAAACAUUAUUUCUAUAUUCUGCUAUAUCUAUCUUCUUUCUGCAGUGCUUUGCAAGUAGUCUCAUUAUGUCAUAAACUUUUAUAGUGGGUUUUUUUUUUUUUUUUUUUUUUCCCUCCCCACUUUGCCUAGCCUAUUUUAAAGAAAAAUUUCAUAAGCAUAUAUUAAGAAACUGUUUAUUUAUUUUUUUAUAAGGAUUGAAGUCAUGAAAUAGACUAUUCUAAGUUAUAUAUUUGUAUUCAAGACAUAAAUUAAUAAUCUAAAUUCACUUGCAUGAUUAUCAUGAUUUAAACAACAUAAAUAUUUGUUAAAUGAGUAAAUUUUUAAAACCCAGUUCUUUUUUGUCUAUAUUUUUUUUUUCUUUUAAAUUAUUAUUUUCCAUUCAAAAAGCAAAUUUAAAUUUAGAGCAUUACUUCAGGUAAAAAUGUUUAUUUUGUGGUUUGUACAGUUACAAAAGAAAUUAUUCAUUUAAUUAAGUUCAAAGAUCCUCAGGCACAAUAAUAAUUCAUCAUUUUAAACAAGCAAUAUCAGCAUUUUCAUAUGCAUUCUUUUUGUUGUAUUCGAGCUCCAAAUAUAUUUGUAGACAAAAUGGGGUAUUUUUUGUUGUUAAUUCAAUUUUAAAUUAUGUGUCUUCAGGAUUUGCCUGUAAUGGAAGAAACUGCAAUAAUUUUUCAGGAAUACAGUAUUUUGUCAUAAAAUUUACUUUAAAAUCCAUUCAGUUCAUUAAUUCAAUUAAGUAAUUGCUAUGAAAUUUUGACCAGAAAAAAAAAAAAAAAAGCUGGCUAAUAAAGUAGGCUUAAUUGAUUAAUUUUCAGAAUAAAUGCUCAUUAAAAUGUAAAAUAUGUAUAUAAUAAUAUGUGCAUAAUAAACACUUUUUGCAUUUACAAGUCAUUAUUCUUUUCCUUCUGUAAAAUAUUGUCAAACUGCUCCAAUGUUUUUGCACUAUGUUAAACCUAUUUUUGUUGCAUUAUAAUUUUUACCAUGAAUGACAGCAAUGAAAAGCUUCAUUGAUGAACAGAGAGGAUUGAAUAUAGGCAUAAUAAUAUAUAAUUUAGAAGGUGUGCAUGUAUUUUAAAUAAAAUUAUUGUUUUGAAUGAAAAUGAUUUAACAUAAUGUUUUUAUUUAUGUGCAGAAAUAUUUGGGUGCUAUCUCAUGAUCAUACAUUUCUUAUUAUCUAGCUUAAUCUUAAAUUUUAUUAUGUAUUAGUUAAUUUUCCAUCUAUUUUGAUGGGCACUCAGUUGAUAAAAGAUGACUUAAUUGAUAACUGUUUUUAUCAAAAAUACUUAUAUGCUCAUAUUUAAAAUUUUAAAACAUAUUUACAAAUGGCACUAUCUACAUAUUAAUUUAUAUUUGAGAAAUUAUUACUAAAACAACCUCAUAAUUACUUUAUCAUCAUACUGUCCUUUGCAUAAAUUUUGGUAAAAAUUUUAGUAAUUUCAAGGUAUUUCCAUUGAGGUUUUAAUUGAUUUAAAUUGGUUAAAAGCAGACUAAUUUGAUAAUAUGCUUGUUCGAGUACCUGGCCUGUAUAGAGGAUUUGUAGUCUAGCGUUCUACACAUGUCUAUAUGUUUUCUAUAAUUGAAGCUUUAUUGAAAUUAAUGAGCAUCUUUUUAAUCAUAUUUUCCAUUAAAUGUUUCAUUCAUUUUAUUUAAAUGUAUAUAAUUAAUAUAUUGUUUUUCUUUUGCUUGUUAAACUAAUAGUUUAACAUUUUGUGUUUAAUAUAUUAAUCAUAUUUGUGAAUUGUAUUAUGUAUAAUUAUUUUAGUGUGUUUCUUUUAAUAUUAUUAAGCUGAUACCCUAAAAGUUACUUGAAGGAAAUGGAAAUAUGAUGAAAAUUGUGUAUAAUUAUAUAAGCUUAUAUUAUUGCUUCAUUCAGUGAAAAAAGUGUGCAGUAAUGGUCAAAAUGCACGAUACAGUGAGUUGACAAAAACACAUCUCAUUGUCACAUCUAUACUGAAAUAUCUCAAUUUCUAUGCAAAUUAUAGGACCAAAAAUGUUUGUUCUUUUCUUUAUCAAAGAUUGUUGUAAAGGUCUGUAUUCUGGUUCUUUGAAAAACGGAUGCAAUGUAAUAUAUUGGAAAUAACUGUGUGCAACUCAUUUUUUAUCGAUAUAUAUUUUAACAUUAUUCUGAUAGUAAUAUAUUGAUCUAGAAAGUGUGCUAGGUUUGAUGAAUAAAAAUAUGUUGAAAGUAACUAGAAAGAAAUUAUGUAUCAUAAAUUUUAAUGUAUAAAUUUUUUUAUCCUGUCAUUGUACAUUUUUUUUACAUUAGUGUGUAGGAUCAGAAGCCAUUUUGUGUGUCAUUGCCUGGCAAUAAAACAGUAAUAAAAUGCUUGUUGAUUUCUAAAUUUG